GUUUUACCAUAAGUUACUCUUAAUAUUCGUCUUUCUAUCCUGGCCAAAUUCGAUUCAACCGCAGAUGGGUAAAUCAUCCAAAGAUAAGCGCGAUGCCUACUACCGUCUCGCCAAGGAGCAAGGUUGGCGUGCCCGAAGUGCUUUCAAGCUUCUUCAAUUGGACGAGGAGUUCAAUCUUUUCGAAGGAGUCACUCGCGUAGUAGACCUCUGCGCCGCACCUGGAAGCUGGAGCCAAGUCCUGUCUCGCGUUUUGAUCAAGGGCGAGAAGAUUGGACGUGCUGGCUGGGAAGACAAGCAAGCCAAGGAGAAGCUCGAGUUACACAAUCAGACUACCACAACUAUCCCAAGGCGCGAGCAAGAAGUCAAGCAGCAGCUUCAGCCGAGAGAAAAUGUCAAGAUUGUGGCUAUUGAUUUGCAGCCAAUGUCACCUCUCGAAGGCAUUGUGACAAUGCGCGCAGAUAUUACACAUCCUUCCACUAUUCCACUACUACUUAAGGCUCUGGAUCCGGAAAUCUUCGACCAUACAUCUGUACAAGCUUCUCAUCCUGUGGAUCUCGUCAUUUCAGACGGUGCCCCUGAUGUCACUGGCUUGCAUGAUCUUGACACAUACGUUCAAUCUCAGUUGCUCUGGGCAGCGCUGAACCUCGCGCUAUGCGUUCUCAAGCCAGGCGGCAAGUUCGUGGCCAAGAUCUUCCGUGGCAAAGAUGUCGAUCUUCUAUAUGCCCAGCUCAAGAUUGUGUUCGAGCGUGUACGAGUGGCUAAGCCAAGAAGUAGUCGUGCAAGCAGUGUGGAAGCCUUUGUCGUAUGUACAGGCUUCCGCCCGCCAAAGGGCUUCAAGGCCAGUCUGGAAAACCCUCUAGGGGCAGGCACACAAUUACAAGUACCGGAGAGUAUGAGAACCACGAAGACGCCACCAUCACGUACACUAAGACCUGAUGGCAUCACAGAACUAGAGCUGGGCUCUGGAGACGAAGAGGAAGGUAAAGACAUUCGAUGGAUCGCGCCGUUCUUGGCCUGUGGAGAUCUCUCAGCCUACGAUGCCGAUGCUUCGUACCACCUGCCCAAGGAUCACGUCGUGCUGGAUCCUGUACAGCCACCGACCGCGCCGCCAUACAGGAAAGCAUUGGAGAUGCGCAAGACGGCUGGUGGAGCAUACGGCAAGACCAAACUGGGUUGAAAGGGCAGCUUCAUUGACUUCACCUCGAAGAUCAAGGCUAUUCUGGCAUAUGAGGAUUUCCAAACCGGCUAGCGCUCGAAGCGGGUCCUUGAGCUUGGAACACGUAUUGACUGCUUCACCACCAAGGCAGCGGGCUAUAUUGCAAAAAGUGUGGUAUCUUUCGAUAUGGUGUCAUGUGAGGAGCGCUCGUCAAAAGAACCUGCAGCCAACC